AUGUUCGCCUCAGUCUAUGUCGCCGCCACCUUUCUUGCGACUCUCGCCCACGGGCUCACCAUAGAUAUUUCUUCGCGCCAAGUUGCUGCUGGCAAUGCUUCAACCAUCUCUACCCAGAUCCACCCAUUUGGGGUUGUUGGCAAGUGCUUAAACGUCAAAGGCAAUGUCACCGCAAACGGCACGCCUGUUCAAAUCUUCGACUGCAAUGGCUCUUCCGGACAGAAUUGGUCAAUUGUCAAAGGCCAAACAAAGGUGCGACUCGCUGGUACCAACUUCUGCUUGGACGCUGGCUCCAAGCCUGCCAGCGGCGUAGCACUGAAGAUUUGGACAUGCUACGACAACCUCCCCGCUCAGGAUUGGUGGUUCACGAACGAUAGCCGUAUAGCUGUCACUAACAAGGGGCAAUGCAUGGACUUCAAAGAUGGGUUGUUCACCAACAACAACACCGUCCAGACUUGGAAGUGCACAGAUAACAACACCAACCAAGUGUGGAGCUUAGCCUCCGUCACCAGCGGUACACCGUCACCAGUAGCCUAA